UAAACGAUGAGCUAAAUCAUAAUAAGGCUUCUGAAGUAUCAUCUUUGUUCCCUCAACAAGGUAAACCUAUUGGAGGCUCCACAAUAUUUCCGUUGUCUCCUUUGGAGAAGAUUCAAGCUCAUAGAUACGUGUUACUUAAUUGCGCAGCAGUAAAACUAUUUAUUGAUGAAUUUAGGAACUACAUUAAAAGGAAUUCAAGAGGUCGAAGACCUUCUAUAACAGAGGUAGAGAGAAGAGUUAAUAAAGCGUUUCCUGAUUGGUUUCCAAAACGAAUCAUGAAUCCAGAUAUAUCAAAUACAAUAUCUACUGAUUUGGAGUUCUUAGCACAAUGUCCAAUGCCAGAUGCAAGAAGGUUUACUGCAUAUAACAUUAAUGGAUUCAAGUUUCGGACUGUAUCUAGAGAACAAGGAUUGAAAACUCAAAACAGUAGAGUUUUUCUUACCUGUAACACCUCUUGUAUUGCAUCUAAUGCUGAUAAAAAUGCAACACAAGCAGAGUUGCCAUAUUAUGGGAAGUUUGAAGACAUAAUUAAGCUCAAUUAUUAUGGAUGGUUUAUAAUUGUUCUCUUCAAAUGCCAAUGGGCUGACACUACUCGAGAUGAAUGGUUCAAAAUAGAUGUUUGGAAAUUUAAUUGUGUUAAUUUUUCUAGAUUGAUUCACACGGGUAAUCGUAAGGACCAUGAUCCUUAUAUUGAAGCGUCUCAAGCAAAUAUGGUCUACUAUGUUGAUGAUGAAACUGAUAAAGAAUGGAGUGUUGCUAUGCAUCUAAAGCCAAGAGAUUUGUUUGACAUAGGAGAUGUUGAUGAAGAAGAAAUUACGAGAAUGAGCCAUACCAACAACAAGAAUUGGAACAAUUUUUUGAUGUUAAUUAUGAGAAUAUCCAAGUUGCAAUAGAGGAGCAUAUGUCUCACUAGGAAUUAGGCUAUUUUAUAUUAGUGAUAAAGAUAAUUUUCUAAGUACUGGAUGUUAAUUUUCUACAUUUGUGGCAAGCUCUUAGUUUCUUCAAGUUUAAAACGUUAUAGUAUAGAAACUAUUGCAAGGUAUGAUCGAGAUUGCAAGUAACUA